AUGUGGUUGAGGUCCAUUGAGUCAGUAUUUGUGUUGACCAACUGCCCUGAGGCCCAUAGGGUGGAGUGUGCUAUGUUUAUGUUGCAUGAUGAUGCGGAAUUGUGGUGGCAGGCCACCCGCGACCUUAUUAGUCCUGAGGGUGGUGUAGUCUCGUGGGUGGAGUUCAAGGAUGUCUUCUCUAAACAAUAUUACCCAGAGGAUGUCCAGUUGCGAAAGCAGCAGAAGGAAUUUUCUAAGCUGAAGCGUUUUGCCCCAGAAUUAGUGAACACGGACUACAAGACAGCUCGACAAUUUGUACUGGGGUUAGAUACGAAGAUUCGUAACACUGUUAAGGCGAUUUCACCUACCACUUACGCUGCCGCCCUGAGAGCAGCUAAGGCUAUGGAAGGACCUGAUAGUUCGCGUGAACCCCCUUCAUCACUAGUGAGACAGAAGCGACGCCGCGACCAAACUGACCGAAAUGAAUUGUCGUUUCCACAAACACAAAGACGAUCAGAUAGACAGCGCCUGGAUUAUAGGCGUGAACAGCAAGGCAGUGAGAACAGGUCAGAGAGUAGGCCCAAGUGUAAGGAUUGCGACAAGAAUCAUUGGGGCCAGUGUUUGGUUCGAUCUGGAGCCUGUUUUCGAUGUGGAAAAGCAGGGCAUUUAGCUAAGGAUUGUUUUGGAAGUCGUACUACUGAUGUUGGAAAUCAACAGAAAUCAUUUCGCAUCGCGAACAACCCCCAUUAG